UUUCGCCAUCUUUCGGGGUAUGGGUUUCGUGGAGUUACGGAAUAUCAUCCUCUUGUCCCUCAGUUGCCGGUUUCUCAUGACCGUGCUGCGGUGAUUGCUCUCCAAGUAACUCUGUUCCCUAAUAGUGGGUUUUCCAUUGGAAUGACUAACCACCAUGCUGUUCUUGAUGGAAGAACUGCAACUUCCUUCGUCAAGUUAUGGGCUCGUAUUUGCAAGCUUCAUGUUGCGGGAGGGUUGUAUGAUCUGACAACUGAGCCGAUGCCAUUCUAUAAUAGGAUUGAAGAUCCAAGGGGCAUCGCAGAAAUUUAUGCCAAUGUAUGGCUGAAGGACAAGGGACCCAACAACAGGAGCUUGAACCUCCACUUACCCAACACUCCACAGGGCUUAAUCCGAUGCAGUCUCCACCUCACACGCCAACACUUGCAAAAUCUGAAGCAAUCUGUUCUGAACAAUAAGAACAACCAACACAGCAAAAAUUCUGAUCAUCAUUCUCACAUAUCUUCAUUUGCACUGGCAACUGCUUACAUUUGUGUGUGCACAGCCAAAUCUGAGGCCUUAACAGAGGGCAAAUUAGUGUUUGCUUUCGUGGCUGAUGCUAGAUUUCGUCUGAAACCGCCAAUGCCUUCAAAUUACUUUGGCAAUUGCUUGUCGGGUCGUGCCAUUUUUAUUGAAAGGAGUGAGCUUUUGGGAGAAAAUGGAAUGGUUGUGGCUAGUGAGGCGAUAUCAGAGGGCAUUAAGGGUUUGGAAGAAGGAGCUCUAAAUGGGGUGGAAAAUUGGUGCUCGAUGAUGGCCACAGCAACUGUUGAUGGUGAUGAUUUUGGAGGAAAUUAUAAACCAAUUUCGGUUGCUGGGUCUCCAAGGUUUGAAGUUUAUAGUGCUGAUUUUGGGUGGGGGAGGCCGAUAAAGGUGGAAUUGGUGUCGGCUGAGUCGUCGGAAACUAUUGCUCUGAGUGAGAGUAGAGAUGGCGAUGGUGGGAUGGAGAUUGGAGUUGUGAAGAACAAGGAUGAAAUUGAAAAUUUUGUUGCUCUAUUUUCCAAGGGGCUUGAAUGCCUUUGAGCUAUUCUCAAUUCUUGAUUCGCUUUACAACUUAACUUACAGGUAUGUUUGUUAUUCUCAUUUCUGAUUUGUUCAAUCUCAUUUUGAGUAGAUUUUUAUUUUUCUCUUUUUUAAUAAAUAGAAACAAGAAAUGUUGUUCCGUUGAUAAUUGUUUUUUGUUUUUUUG